CACGACGAUCCAGUUCUGCAAGAUGCCGGACGGUCCCAGAAAGACGACGCACUUUGUACAGCCAACUUGCGCUUGAUAAGAUGGAGGCGAUCUUUGAAAAGAAUCCAUACCCAGACCUAGACAUCCGAGAGAUUCUUUCACAAGAGUUCGGUGUCCCCGAGUCGAAAAUACAGGUGUGGUUCCAGAAUCGUCGUACUCGCCGGGGACGUACCAAGUCGCGACGUGGACCCUAUACCACCAAGCAGACGAUCAGUAAACAUCCAUACACCCAUGUCAUCCAGCCUCUCUCCUUCCCCAACACCCUACCCUGGUUCCACGCUCCGUCCGCCAUGCUGCCGAGUCUGAUACCCCGGUGUUCCCCAUCAGCUGACUACUGGAUCCCGUCCCGCACCAGUGACCACCACCCGAACGGACAGCAACAAGACAAACUGAGAGAACUGUUGAUAGGAGAGUUAAGGACAUACGAGAGCACAGCAUCUGAUGACGAUCCCCACCAAACAUCAGAUAUUUGUUGACCUCACGAGUUACAUUAGGACCAGCGUCUUGAUAGUGCUAUCCGUCGCAGAGAGAACCCUUUUUAUGUUAGUGCUACAAACUCAAUGUUCAAAAAAGCGUUUUAUGGUGCAUAUAAUAGGACCUCUACUCCCGAGAAAGUUGUCUGUGUUUUGCUUGAUAAGCUGAUUUAAGGGGGC